GUGCAUCGGACAUCAUGGAUGAAUCCAGCUCGUUGCCGCGGCGAUGUCACUUGUGUUUGUUUACAAGCGUGCGAGCACGCGCGCCACGUGCUGAGUGAGGCGGUGCGCUCGGGAGAGAGGAGAGGAGAGGAGAGGAGCGUGACGAAAAGAGGUGGCGGGCGAGGUGAGCGGUAGAGGGAAGGCAGAGAGCGAGGAGCAGGUAGGUCCCCCAUCGGCGGUCCCCCGCGUGGGGCCCGUACUCCAAAACGAGGUUGACGGCGCCGGUGCCGGCGGCGACGACAACAACGACGACGUCGACAAUAACGACGACGUGGACGAGGACGACGUUCGAAAGGACCACGGCGGCGACGCACGACAAUAAUGACGGGCAGAGGCUCGAAGAGGCGGGGGCGCCCGCCCAAGUCCGUGGUGAUGGAGCGACCGAAGAAGUUCCAGUAUCACAUGUUGAAGAAGCCCAAGUACCUGCAGAACAGAACCAUUGGCUCGCUUGGCGGCAACGGUGGUGGCGCCGAGACGCCGGGCUCGCAGCCGAGCACGCCUACGGCGUCGCGGCCGACAUCGCCCUCGCUCGAGAGCGAGGAGAGUAGCAAACGUAGCACGAGGAACCAGCGUAAGUCGCGAGCCGGUCGCGACCGGCACUCCCGUAAGGGCGGUCACGCCGGAGCCACAGGUGGUGCCUAUCAGCGUCGCGGCUACAAUCCCAACGUUGACUAUCACGACUCCGAGUAUCAUUAUGGAUCCGAUUUCGGCGACGAGUCCAGUGAGAAGAGUGAGCCGGAGGAAGAACCGUUGCCGAGCGAUGUGGACUCUUCCGAGAGCAUAGAGGAGCCCGAUCCCUCGAGUGAUAGCGAUUUUUCACUCUCCAGUUUCAGCAAUACCAGUGGUACCCCCAGAAAAGCUCUGCUCGCUCAACAGCGGCCACCCAGUCCAGAACCAUUGUGGUUACAGAACAGAGAACUGUCGCCGUUAGUGUUACCCAAGUCCUCGGACGAUCUACUGGUUCCUAAAGAACUGGUCAUGCCAUCGCUCUCCAUCUACGAAGUACUCAGGCACUUUCGUACCCUGGUACGCCUCUCCUGCUUCAGAUUCGAGGACUUUUGCGCCGCUCUCAUGUGCGAGGAUCAAACCAACUUGUUUGGGGAGAUUCACAUCAUGCUGAUCAAGGCGCUACUGCGAGAGGAAGACUCGCAGCAGACGCAUUUUGGUCCACUGGACCAAAAGGAUUCGGUGAACGUUAGCUUAUACUUCGUGGACUCUAUGACGUGGCCAGAGGUGUUGCGUUCGUAUGUAGAGAGCGAUAAGAGUUUUGAUCAGAACAUUUUACAUAUAUUAACCACUACUGAAUAUCCUUUUACUGCCAUCGAGGAUAGAAUCAAGGUCCUACAAUUUUUAACAGAUCAAUUCUUAAUCACAAAUCCUGUAAGAGAGGAUCUACUACAUGAAGGAGCUAUGCAUUACGAUGAUCACUGCAGAGUAUGCCAUCGACUAGGGGAUCUAUUGUGUUGUGAAACUUGCCCGGCUGUAUUUCAUUUAGAAUGUGUAGAACCUCCUCUGGUAGAUGUUCCUACUGAGGACUGGCAAUGUAGUACAUGUAAAGCCCACAAAGUGAUGGGCGUCGUGGACUGUAUUCCCGAUGUCGAAAAAAAUGGGUCGUUAUGUAGACAAGAGCAUUUAGGAUUUGACAGACAUGGCAGAAAAUAUUGGUUUCUUGCAAGAAGAGUUUUUGUUGAGAGCGAAGAUGGCGAGGUGUGGUAUUAUAGUACACCUUUACAAUUAGAAGAGCUGAUGCUUGCAUUAGAUCCAAAUGAAAUGGAAGUAGCACUUUAUCGGGAAUUGUCAGAUUACAAAGAGGAAAUAGUCCGUCAAAUGGAACUCACAGAGACCAUUACUAAUCAGUUCAAAGGAAACAAGAAAUCGUAUCUGGAAGUAGAAAACAAUCUUAUACAAAAGUUACGAAAAGAACGACAUGAGAAACAGGAAAAGGAGGAGGAGGAGAAAAAAGCAAAGCUAAGACAGGAAACAGAGGAAAUGAUGCGCAAGAUACGUGAAAGUACAGACACUCUCAAUGAACGUUCAACAGGAAUGCCAGAACAGAAUGAAACAAAGACCUCUGGUGAUGAGUUGACUCCUGCUACGCAAGUACCCGAGGUAGUGGGCGAAACUAUCGAGGUCGACACUGAAGCAUCGUCAACCGCGACGAAUACGGAUAAAACCACGAAAACUAGUGCCUCUACAUCAUCAUCCGAAGAUGUUGAUGAAGAGGCAUUGGAAGGAGAAGAGAAAAUUGGUAAAGAUGGUAAGAAACAUACUAUCGUGACAAGAUCGAAGACUGGAUCGUUGCAACCGCGAACCUUUAACAUGGACGACGUAAAGAGACGAAGUAUGGCACCGUUGUCAAAGGAGGAACAAGAAAAGUUAGACAAAGGUCUGAAGGAUUCCGAAAGCGACGGCAACACUAGAUUAACGCGUCAAAAGGCACAUCAAAUUGCGUCUGGCACACACUUAUUUAAAUUGGGCAUGGACAAUAACUUUAAGUCGUACGUCAAUCAAUACAGCACCAAUCUCGUCGCGCUCAAUAAGACGCAGAGAAACGAAGAACGCGAUAAGAAACGACACUUGUCUCACAAGUUCUCGCUUACGCAGGCAUCGGAGUUCAAAUGGGUGGGAAGUUUGACGGGUACUCGUGCCCUGUUAGUCAGUACGCUACGCCAAACAAUUCUGCAGCUUGAGAGUAAUAUUCAGGCGUCGUUUAUGCACACCAAUUGGCCACUACUGCGUAAACCAUGGACCGCGGCGGUGGGAGCGUGCGUAAACCCGCGAGAUUUUGCGCGCACUCUUAUCGUCCUACAAGCGUGCAUCAAAUCUGUCGUGUUCGCAAGCGUGUGGCAUGACCAACUCGGUCAUGUAAAACUGCAAAGGGUGACCGCGUUCGAGCGCGAAGAGAAAAAACGUCAAGAUAAAAAAGAGAAAAAGGAAAAGGAGGACGAGGAGGAGCGUAAUCGACUCUUCAAUUUUGUCAAGUACACGCUUGGUUUGAAACAUCAGGUUUGGAAGCAGAAGGGUGAGGAGUACCGAGUGCACGGUCAGGGUGGUUGGCUUUGGGUGUCAUCCAGACGCCGUUACAGAUUCUCAGAUAUGACGAAGAUGGGUUUACGCGCCGGUCCUCAAAAAAUCAUGGUACAGAUUAAAGAUCAAGGUGGCAUGAAGAUACUCGCACUUGACCCACCCACUUAUGAAUUCCUUAUGAAAGAGUAUUGCCCAAGUAAGACGGAGAAUGGUAUUGUAAAACAAGAGAUUAAAGAGGAAGGUGUAGAAAAUGACGCGAUAAAACAGGAAUGUAAUGCGGAAAGUAUAAAAAAGGAGCCUGCAGUCGAUGGUCAGACAAACGGCGUUGAUCCGUCCGUGUCAAUCAAAGCGGAAACCCAAUCGAUUAAACAGGAAACGAAGAUGAACUUGUCAUUUUUAGCCGGUAUGAAAAUUGAAAAAGUUUUUACCCCGAUAACUGAAUUUGAAGAAAUCAACAUCAACAAGGCACUAACCACUUCUGGAAGAUUGCACUAUCCAAAAGUUGCGAAAAAGACGAGGAUUGAUGAUUUUCUGGCGCGCAGAACACAUUUGAAAUUUUUAGAAGAAAGAAGAUUAUUGCAAUCUGUGAAGACGAAAGAAGCGAGUCAGACACCAAAUCAAAAAGGUGGAGAUGGCGACUCCGCAGAGGUUGAUAUGGAAAAUCACGAAGAAAAUGGUAGCAGCGGUGCCGUUGGCGGCGGUGGGGAUGGCUCUCUGCAAGGUAUUUUGUCAACGCCCACCGGCAAGCAACAGCAAGCGAGCAAAACGACAGUAACAGCUGUCUCUGCGUCCAAGGAAAUGCUAACGAUUACUAAGCGUAUCCAGCAAGUUCGUUUGCAAUAUACAGCUGCUUUGAAACUCUGCAAGAACGACAGUUGUUACUCGCGCUAUUGUAACAUGAACAAUACUAACAAAAACAACACCAUUCAAAUUAAUACUACACAGGUUAUUACUCCGAAUAUUAGCGAUACCUGUUACUCGCCUUUAUGCAUGCGAAAAAUGCGGCUCAAGCGCGAUCUGAUUGUGUUGCUGCGCAAAGCGAACGCUCUGAGCAACAGUCAGUCUUCAUUGUCUUCGCCACAGGUUACAGUGGCUUCUAUGAAAACAGAAACUUCAAAUGAAUCAAAAGACGCAAUUAGGCGGGAUUUGGAAUCAGCGGUGGCAUCGGCGACUCAUUGCAAUGAGGAAGCCACGAAAGCGAAGGACGCCGUUUCUUCUCCAAAGAAGAUUAAGCUCGAAAAUGAACAUACGGAGAAAACUAGUGUGACUACUGUCACAACGAGUAACGUCGUUACGACCACCACAACGAUUACGACGACUCAACAGACAGUAAAGAAUGCGGAUGGCGUAACGCAGGAACAUUCUGCCGUUAAUCGUAAUUCGAUGAUCGUCUCGUCAGAAACUACGACCACAACGACAAAUAAGAGCGGUGCUAAGACGAUGAUGAUCGUGAACCGUAGAGGAAGAACAGUGCAGCGAAGUACGUUUGUCAAGGAAUUGCAUGCCGAUGGGACCGAGCGGAUAUACACAGCAACGUCGACGGAAGGUAAGGUGUACCUGAAGAAAGUGGCGAUUACGAUGGCGGAUCGUAAGAAAAAACGCACGCCAGUCAAGUAUCCACUCUGCUCAACCUUCUGUACAAAGACCAAGCAGCGCAGUAUAUUAGUACUGCCCCAACACGAAUUGAGGAAAUUGUCCCGCGUUGGUGGUAAAAUACCCGUGCAAGGGUUCCAUCAUCAAGCCAAGGCAAACUUGUCGGUAUGGCCGUAUCCUUGUCCCAGACCCUUAUUCAAGACUUGUUGGCUGUACAGAACAGUCGGUUUAAGAUCGUUAGCUUCUGCCGCGAUUCAGUUGAGGAUACUCUGGGGAUGUCUCAGAUGGGAUGACAUGGCGGCCAAGCCGUUGUCCACCGAUGGCAAGAAUCAGAUUACUACCGACACGGAGAUUAUGUCGCUGGAGAUAUUGAAACACCGGCAUGUCGGACAAUUUCUCGAUAGGACUCAGUAUCUACGUAGAAAGGUCGUUAUACCGCUCGAACUUCCAAAGCAAGUCAGAGAGGUAACGUCAAUAAGGAGCGGUCUCAGAAAAAGAAAACGUCCGGAAUCUCCACAAAGCACAGAACCGCAAGUCACUGAGGAGUGGGUCGAUGAGGACAAGUUGGAGCUAUGGGAGAUCAAACAAUAUGGUGACAGGUUAGAGAAGGCUAAUGCGCAGAUUAUUACUAGGAGUCGUUCAGGAGCGCCACAACCAGUGGUCGUCAGUGGUGGAAAUAAAACCGUCACUACCAUCGCCUCCGCUGGUGGCACAGCCGGUUUAACUGGUGAUCAAUUGGUAAGCGGCAAAGCUACGCCAGAGGAGAUUAAAGAAAAGAUGGAACAGCAGUUGCGGUUACAACGAGCGGCCCAUCAGCAAAAGCGUGCUUUGGAAAUCAAAAAUCAAUCUGCGAACUCGACGUCGCCUGCUACCCAACUCGUCAAAGUUACAGCUAAUUCCUCCUUACACGAUGGCACCGUUAAAUUAGUUUCGAAAGUCCCGAUUCCAGCAAAUCCGAAUAGCACGAAGUCACAGUUAACUUCUCUUCUAACAACCCCUACACAAAAUAAAACUUUCAUUGGUACACGACGUAUUUAUAUGACGAAAUCUGCUGAUGGAACUACCAAGGUUGUGUCCGGUCCUACCAGUAUUUUACCAAAAACUCCGCAAACUCCAGGAUUAAACCAACAAUCCUUGAUCAGGGUGACGCCAACAAGCACUACUAAUACACCUAUGCAACAGAGAGUACAAAUUCUCAGAGGACCAGACGGAAAGUUGCAAGUGCGCGGCUUGCUGCCUGGUCAACAGUUGGUACAGAUGCCAGAUGGAAAACUGCAUGUACUGAAUGUAAGCCAAACUGUGGGCACUACAAUUGCGCAAGGCGCUCAAACGAAAUCGACAACAACUACAACUACUCCACAAGCGAAGACUGUGACUACCGUCAGCCCUAAAACGACAACGGAAAAUACGGCUACUGCUAAAACCAGUCCGAGUGCAAAGACAACGGCCAACUCGACGGCGCAAACGCCACAGCAAACACAGGUUGCUGUUCAACGUGUCAAGACUGCAACCAUGACUCUGACUCCCGCCACAGCAGCUCAAGGAACGAAGAAUGCCAUCGUAGUUACUAACGCAGGACAAACCGCGCAGGUAAUAUCUUCUGGUGGACAAGUAAUAAGUGGCAGUCCGAUAAUGGUCACGAAUGCAAACCUCGUCCAACAAUUGGCAACAGGCAAAGCUCAGUUGACUGCAAUCGGCAAUCAGGUUGUGAUACGUAACGCGUCCAACCAAAUUGUGCAUGUAAACUCAGCUAACGGCGGAUUUAUCGUGAAAGGUACCGUUGCUGCCAAUAAACAGCAAGUGCUGCAAACUACCCAAAUCUCGACAGUUGCACAAUCAACCACGACUACAAAUGCGAACCCAACAACAACCACUGCGACUUCCACUGCCUCAGUGACGACAACUCAGAGUUCCGCCACGACUCCGAUUCCAGGUAGUAUUGAAGCUUCUUUAUUGGCAGGACAACCACCCGGUACUGUAAUUAAGUGCGUGACGGCACAAGUUAUCAGUACAGCCGAGGGUCCGCGAAUUGUGCUGCAAGGUUUGCAAGGCUCGGAGUUUACGGCGCAGCAAUUAAAUAUGGUGCAGCAACAAGUUAAGCAGCAGCUUUUAAAAGCACAUGCAGCGACCGGCAAGCAAGGCGUCUUGGGACCUACUAAAAUAUACUUGGCUGUUCAACCAGCUCAAUCACCUAAUAAUCAGCAAUCCCAGACUUCGCAAGCUUCUUCAGUAGCAAAUACUCCAGUAUCAUCAAUUCCAAAGCAACAAACUCCCCCGUCGUCUACCAAUGAGUCGCAAAGCGUCACUGAAACCAUUCCAGAAACUCCGCAAGUAACAACACCUGUAAAGUCAAUAGAAAAACCAAAAGUAGUUGUUCAACAAGUAGGACGUGUGGGAAACGCGACAGAAGAGGACGUGCAAAAGACGAAUAUAGCUAACGGACAACAACCAUCGCAAUCUGCGAAAGAAGGAAACGAUUCGUCGUCGAAUAAAUUUAUAUUGACCCCAGAUUACAUCCAACAAACAAUUAAAAAUGCUUUGAAACAAGAGAACUUAAAUCCAGAGAUAGAGGAGAAACUGUUGCAAUUGCAACGUUAUCAGGAGAAGCAAAUGAAGGGUGGUGUAGAGAAUUCUGUGACUAGCAAUCAGACUCAUAAUUCACCUGCGGCAACGACGCCGCGUCCACCAUCACGCAAACGGCCAGCGCCGUCGUCAAACAUUCCAGCAACAGCGGCAACGGCGACAACGCCGAUAAGCACGCAAUCAUCAUCCAACGAUGACAAAGAUGAUAAAGAUUGGGUGGAGACACCUAGGAAAAGACCAGCAACGAAGCAAGAAAAUCGUGAAACGACCUCAAAAAUGCCGAAAUUGUCGGAGGCAUUAGAUAAUGAGUCAUCACCUAAAAAUCGAUCAGCAAAAUUGAAAGACUCUCAAGAGCAACGAAGAAAACAGCAAGUGUAUUCUCGAAUGCAAGUUUUACUGUUCCGGCAUAAGGAACUUCUCAAAAAAGACAUUCUUAAAAAGAGAGCUUUACUCGAGAAAGAACUUCAAAUUGAUAUACAGAAGGAUCUAUCGGCAGAGCUCGCUACCAGAACGAAAGCGGAGAGGCACAAACAGGAUGAAGUAAAAGUUGGCAGUGCAAAGCGAAAGGCAAAUGCUCAAGCGGCUCAACAGGUCAGCCCGUCCAGUCGGAGUGGUAGCAGACCGAAAAAGCACAAGAGCCAAAGUAACAGUACGCCUCCUGGCGGUUCGGCCACGUCUCGCAUCAAAAAAGAGAAAUUAUACUGUUUAUGCAGAACUCCUUAUGACGAAACUAAAUUUUACGUGGGAUGUGAUUUAUGCAAUAAUUGGUUCCACGGUGACUGUGUGGGCAUAACGGAAGCAAUGAGCAAGACUCUGUCAGAAUUUGUUUGUACAGAAUGUAGACAUGCGAGGGAUACACAAGAAUUGUAUUGUCUGUGUAAACAACCUUAUGACGAAUCUCAAUUUUACAUAUGCUGUGACAAAUGCCAAGAUUGGUUCCAUGGUCGAUGUGUUGGUAUACUUCAAUCAGAAGCCGACAACAUCGACGAGUAUGUUUGUCCAAAUUGCCAGCGUAAUUCCUCCGUUAAUUUCGCUAAUAUGAAGAACCUCAAUGCAAAAGACCUCGAUCUGUUAAAAAAAUUAAUAAAACAAAUACAGGCUCAUAAAAGUGCAUGGCCGUUUAUGGAACCAGUAGAUCCCAACGAAGCCCCAGAUUAUUAUAAAGUGAUAAAAGAACCAAUGGACUUGCAGACUAUUGAAUUGAGGAUAAAUGACCGAUCCUAUAAGAAACUGAGCGAGUUCAUCGGUGACAUGACAAAGAUAUUCGACAAUUGUCGAUAUUAUAACCCGAAGGAGUCACCAUUUUUCAAAUGCGCCGAGUCCCUGGAGACAUACUUCGUCCACAAGAUUAAAAGUCUGAGGGAGAAGUUCUCGGAAGGGAAGUAAUUUAAUCAAAAGAAAAAAAAAAAUUGAUUAAGCCGUAUGUGGAAUUGGAUCAAAGUGGAAGUGCACGAAGAUUAAUUUAGUGCAGUGCGUUUUAUGGAAAACAGAGAAUGAAACAGUUUUGUGCCAGUACAGUACACGUAGCAAAAACUGAAACUCUUGGAAUAGACUUAAGUAUGUAAAAGUAGAGAAGGCACCGGUCUCCGCUAUUUAUUAUAGUUGUGUGAACAUUUUCCUUUCCUCUCCCACUCCCUCACUGCAAUUUACUGAAUUCUCAGUUCCCAUUGUGCUGUACGAAGUGUGAAUUUUAAACCAGAAUUUACCGCGCUCGUGCCGUAUUGCAAUUUGAUUUUAUCUACAAGAAUAUAUUUUCAUUUUGCUGUCUAUAAUAAAUAUUAUGUGAACAAAAGAGAAGCCAUAUAGCACGAUUAACGUUCACUUUUUUUAAGAAUUACGUUAUUGAAAUAUAAUGUAUUAUGUAAUAUAAUUCUUCUAUUCAUUAGCCCUUUUUUUUCGUUAUCUUUUUUGGACACACGUGGAAAUGGAGGGUUUUACAGACUAUAAGUCCGUUCUUUUCCUUUUAACAUGCUCACUGGCCGUCCAAUUUUACCCUUUACAGUCUUCACGAUGCGUCAUUCUUCAAACCCUCUUUACACUUCCUGCAAUACUUCGAAUGAAAGAACUUCUUUCUAAGAAAGUGAUUUCCCUCAGGCAGAUCGAAGUAACAUUCAAUCAGAAUUUUGUAUUACGUCUCAUGACCAUGCACACACGAGAAUAUUCAUAUAAAUUGCAUAUGUCUCGCAAACAGUGAACGUUAUUAUGAAGUUGCAUCCGAACCAUAUAAAAUGCAAACUUGCUUCUUUUUUUUCGCGUUAGCUCGGAAUUUUUACAAAGAAAUAAAGAAGAUUCGGUUCGAGAAAGGAAAAAAAAGAAACGUAGCAAAUUUGUAACAUGCAAUAUUUAUUAUAAAAUGACAUAUGUAAAUGAUGACUCUUUUUGAAUUACAUGAAGCCAUCUUAUCCAUAGCUGUACUAUGAUGAGAUAAAAUUGCAAAGCGUGAGUUCAUUCUGAGUCAUCUCUAAGAUUGGCUUUAUUUAAUUAUUUUAUCCUGUUUUAACACGAUGAUGAGUUUGUGCGAUAUGCGGAAGUAUAUAAUGUAACGAACGAGUAUUGUGACAGCCUCCAAAAAAAAAAAAAAUGUGAGGACGGAGCGUCUAACCGAUGUGAACUAACAAAAUAUAUGUGAAAUCGAAUAGGUGGAAUUCAGAACUGAAGAUUUAAUCUUUAACAUUAUAUCUCAGAAAAAAACUGCAAGUUUAUUUUUUGUAUAUUGAGAAACCUUAUAUUGAGAAUACCUUCUUCCUAUAUACAGAAUAUAUGUAUAUGCAUAUGAUAUAUAUGCAUAAUAUGUAUGUACAUGUAUUUAUAUAUAGGAUACUAAGUAGAGAUGGUUUCGUACGUAAAAUAUCACGUUUACUUCGAGUUUAUGCAGCAUAGUCGUAAGUUGUGGUUCAGAAUUCAUGCGCCAUUCACAUCAUGUUAUACGUUAUUAUUUAUGUAUGUACAUACAAAGUGCGACCGUGAUUUCACGUCUGAUGGUCCGAGUCGCGCGAUAAAAGAAGAAGGAGUUCUCGGCUAUCUGACGAAUACAUUUGAGACGGUCGAGAAAAGCGCUACCCCACAUUAAACUAUUUCUUUAUAAUGUAUUCGAUGCGAAAAAAAGGGAAAGAAAAGGAGAAAGCAGUUGUGUCAUCGUAUAGCCGUAAGACUAUUUUUUAGGAUUACACGCAUAAUGAAUUGUACAAAUUCGUUUAUCGUCUCGUGCUCACACACAAGCUAGCGAUUACGAUUCUAUUUACUUAUGCGUUGUUUUAAUCACAUAAAUAAAUUUUCUAUGAAAUUGUUUAUAAUCGACGAUUCACAUUUAGGCGUUUAGAUUGUAAGAGACGGGCAGCGAGGGCUGCUUAUGUAUAUAUAUGCAACACCACACAACUACACAGAUGUGAAAAAAAGGAAAGUUCUCGAAGAGAAAGGCAAUUGUAGAAUUUCUUUGAUUUCCAAACAAGGAAAAAAUAAAAAACCAGUGAAAAAUA